GUAGCGGUAAACGUUUCUCGAUGUCUGGAGUGCAUACUGUUUCCAGCCUGGAUUUACCGCAUCAAACCAUUAAUCACGACGAGUUGCAAGAGAAAUUCCCAUACUUGAAGGGACUUCCCAUUGCAAGCUAUGUUGAUGCUAUUCCCGGAAUAUUGAUCGGUUUGGACAAUGGCAUGUUGAGUUCAACUUUAAAGCUCCGCGAGGGCAGCGCAGAGCAACCAAUUGCGGCAAAGACGCGUCUGGGAUGGACGCUGUAUGGAAGAUCUGGAGAUUUGGAUUCUACAUUGCUGCGACGAGUUUCUCACCAGCGCCGCAGAGCAGAACGGUCGGUCGAAGAAAUAAUUGACGAAAUUGAACUACUUCACAAUGACGAGAUGGCCAGCAUGAGGGAAGCUCAGCAAGGAGAGGACGAUAAGGGCGAUUCAGAACUAACAAACAAAACGGACAAAUAUCGAUACCAGAUAGAGAAUGAUAUUGUGAACAAAAUUAGAAAGAGAUGCGGAAAGCAAGGCGUCCUUCUGAAUCUGUAUUCUAAUAGGGAUGGCCGGAACAGGGGAGUGAACGUUAGAAAGGGAGCGGGUGAAUAUUACCAGCCGCUAACUAAGAAGGCGGACUUGGACGUGCUGGAGAAGUCUGGUAUGGCUGAAGGCACAACUUCAAGCAAUACGGGGCGGAGUAUGUUCGCAACGGUACAAGACCCCUCGUUAUCGGCUACCACUACCGAUUCAACCGAUCCAGAAAUCGUUCUGACAACCUCGGCGAGAAAUGUCAAAGGGAACUAAAAACAGAAUACCUAUUGUUAGAAAGCCACAACAAGUUUGGAUUCGUUGAGUUAAAAUUGAUUAUCCUAAAUUGUUAUCCUAAAAUUUAUUAUUCUAAAGUUGUUGUACUACAUCAAUUCUAAAAUUUGUUAGUAAGUAUUCUAUAAUCUAUCAAAAUUAUUUGAUCUUAAUAUAAUACUUAAUCACUAAAGGAACGUACACGACAACUAUACUUUGUUACAAGUAGACGGACAAUUAGCGUAGAAGACAACAAAUCUUAAAGCCUACUCAAACAAACAAACGGGUUUGCUCUUAAGAAUCUAAUACGUGACCGUCUUCGUAACAAAUAU